AUGGAGAAAGACGAUGAAGUUAAAAAAGAUGAGACACAACAAGAAGAAAACCACGAUGAACAUCUUGACGAUGACGACAACGGCGACAACAAGGAAGGCACUGAAAUCAAGCACAAACUGCCGCAAACAACUUACGUCAGGCUUCGCGGCUUGCCGUACUCGUCAAAAGAAAGCGAUAUCCGGGCAUUUCUUGAUGGUAUUCCGGUCACUUCGAUUACAAUGAGUUCUUCCUACAAUGGGCGCCCCAGCGGGGAAUGCUAUUGCGAGUUGACUUCUAAACAAGACGUACUGAAAUCUCUUGACUUUCAUUGCAAAGAAAUGGAAGGAAGAUACAUUGAGAGUAAGUAUAUUCUAGAAACACAUACCAUUCCGUUCAUAUCACUCAGUUGAUA